AUGUACACGCGCCUCUUUUUGUUGCAUGGGGACCACCAAGUCCUGCCUGGUAGUUCAACACGAAAGGUGGCCUGCUUGGUCGGACAGCUUGAUGUCCUUUGGACAGAAUGGAUGCUGGCUGGAGGUCCGCAACCGUGCUUAAUAAUUCAACAUAAAAGAGUGCCUAGUUGCAAUGUGAGGGAUUGCCUGCGAACAUCAUGUGUUUCAACAUACAUAAUGUGGCUGAUCAACUUGUACCCGGAUGAGGGCUACCAAAUGAAUAAACUUGACAAGUUUGUACUGGACGCAAGAUUUUGCCGGCCACACACUGGAAUCAACAAGUUUUUCUCUAAUACUUCCUUGAGAUGGUGGAGUGACAUUGAAAAGUUUACAAGAUUGAUAUACGCAAGUGAUCCAACGGUGACGGCACAGCAAGUGUUUAGCCAAUACGUUCAAAGCCUAAUUGAUAUUGCAACCAUCAAGAACAUUGAUCCCGGUGUUGUACAACAUACCCAUAAUCUUCAUGGAAAUAUUAUUAAAACAGAAUAUUUGAAAAUUAUCGGAGAUACUUUGAUGGACAAAAUACAUGAAGAUGCAAAACAAAGGAAGAAAAAAACUAUUACGACCAGAAAAAAUUUUCAAGGCGCAAAAUCCAAUGAUGUAGAAAAUCGUAGAACAGCUGUUUAUGGUGAUAGCUAUGAUUUGAAUUAUGAAAUAAAUAAUUUUUUUCAGAGUUCUUCCGAACGACCAUCACCCAAUCUGUUUUCUAAACGAGAUCAUUGUUCCAAGUGUCACAUGGAGAUUAAUAUCUCCGGACCAAUGAGAUUUUGUCCUUAUUGCGGAAGUAAAGUUGCUUCGUCCAAUGUUAUUGAGUUUGAGGAGUUUGAGAGUGACGAUGAAGAACCAGUUGAAUCGGAUGCAGAUGAAAAUAAGGACGAUGAAGAUCCUCCUAAAAUAAACAAAUUGGCUUUUCGCGAAGCGCACCAUGCUAUUCCAGAUAAUGCGAAGAUGCAUUUGAAGUCAGGAAAGAUAGUUGAAGAUGUUCUUUUCGAUUUCGCCAAAGAUAUGGAGCAUGAACACCAUGCCCACUCUUACAUUAUAAAUUAUGACGACGAAGAUGUCAAGGCGUUGUUCACCAAAACGGAAUGGGACGAAUUAACUGAGGACAGAAUUAGGAUUCCGGCUGUUCCGCGUGAAAUCGGGGAGGAACUAGUGAGAUACGGCAAGCAAAAAACAUUAAGUGAGCUUCGUAAUUCCGUGUUGACAUCGUAUCUACAAGAUGGGACCAUCUAUGAUAUCAACAAGCACUACGAUAAGGAGUGGAUACAGAUGGCAGUGCGAACGCUAGUAAAUCUAUACGAAAACAUAGAUGCCCCCUUAAUUAGAAACCAAUACGAGAAUUGGUUUACUGUCGCUUUUUUUGGGACGUGCAUCGACCUUUGUAUGAGGGAUAUUCAAUUGUGCACGGAUAUUAAGAGGACCGACGCACCAUCACUAUCUAGCGCCAACAGGAAAAACCGCGGUCGGUCAGGAAACACAAAAACCAGAAAAUUGACAGGACGCAAAAUCGAUGGGAUAGUAUACAUAGUUGACAGAAAUCUCGAAGUGGGUGCAAUCGAAGCGGCGAGAUCAUUUUUGGGUGUUUCAGAUCAAAAAUACCUUCUUGAAACGUUCAAGAUGCCGAAAACGCUCCGCGAUAUGUAUGCUGAUCUUGUGAGAACAGCGAAUUAUGAUGAACAAAAAGCUAAUAAUCUUCAAGUUUUCGGUAUUUUGCACCUCGGUCUAUGGAUUCAGUUCACGAGAUUAUAUCGUGCCGGAGGAUCGAUUUGUAUUUUUAAGAAGGAUGUUGUAUCUCACCAUGUAUAUAGCAAAUUCUCUGAAGAUGGAAUAAAAUCUUUUGUAAAAUUUAUGGCAGCAGUAUAUCAACAUAAGCUUAUUAUAAGGGAUAACUUACGUACACUGAAUAUCCGGAAUGCAAAUAUUGAAUCAGGAGAUGAUGAUGAUUUGCUAAACGAUAUAUUAGAAGUUGGAAAUUAUUCUUCUACGUCACAAUCAUCGAUUGAAUGUUUCGCCGAUUCUUGGCCCACCCCAAGAAAGAAAAAGAGACCAAAAAGUGAGAAGUCGAAGAAAAAGAGUGCAAUAAAAAAGAGAAGGUUGUAG